AAGUGUAUCUUUUGUAUUUUGCGAUUAAGUUGAAUUAUUUCUGGAUUAUUGUAUAAAUAGAAAUUUCUUUCAAUUCUUCAUAUAUACGAAAGAUAGGACGUGGAGGAGAAGAGUGGGAAAAUGUUUGGUGUUAUGUAAAGCGCCGGCAUUUUAUGUAAAAUUUACGAGUAUCGAAGUCAUUUGAGUGGUUUUAUAUGAAUCUUUUGCUAAUUAUUACGGAGAUCUAGGAAAAUGCAUUUUCAAUAGGUGGUGGCUUAUGAAUGAAAAAUUAUAUUUAAAUGCUUUAGCAUUUCCAGUUUGGUACUUGAAACAUGUGACUACAUAGAAUAUGCAUAUUUCCGAUCAAAUUGUCACCAGUGGAAGAGAAUGUGUUCACGUUGUGCUCCAGGCGUGAUGUUUUGGGAGACUAAGCAAAAUUGAAAUUUUAGGGAAACAGUGGCCAAUCAGUUGAGUGAAAGCGAACUUGUCAUUUACAAGCGCCAGUAAAACAACACCAUUAAUUAUUGAAAAAUUUUUGGGAAUACCGGAUUGAUAUCAUUAACUCCAUUAAGUUCAUUAGCUAAGUCUUCGGAACGUAGAACACUAAAAACAAGUCAAAAACCAGACGGUGCUUGAGUUCUGAACAUUGUAUCAACAAUUUUAAUCGGUGCCCAACAGGUAAACAGUGAUUUACGCCGCUAAAGCCCUAGAAGUUGAUUAAAAUUUAACGAUGUCGGAAAGUGGUAGUGGCUCUGAAUCGGUUGGGAAAUCAAAUUCAGCACUUACUCAAUAUUCGCGGCGUAAAGUGCUAGAAGAAUUAUCAAAAACUGGCUGUCGUCCUGAAAUUCGUAACCAAGUCCUUCGAAAAUGCCCAAAAGGUUCACAUGCAGCUAUACCAGACUUUCUGAACAAGCAUGCACAGAAGAGCCAGGAAAAUGUUGGCGAGGAAGCCGCUUCGCCCGAAUUCUCUGCCGUUGAGAACUGGAUAAAGUACUUCAAGGAUCGGGGAUUUCAUACAGAAUGCGGGUUCGAGUUGCCACUGGCUUUCAAAACCAUUGCGAUGACAGAAGAGUUUCCUGAAUGUGAUCCAGAAAAGGACGUCGAUUUUAAGAAAUUAUAUCUGUGGCUCUCAGAUGUCAUGCAGGGAUACGCACCCCCGAAACUGAAUGAACAGUCGCAAUUGUUUUUAGUCGAAAACUUGACAGAUAUGCUGGAAUUAAGCAAUACUCCCGAGAAUGGAAUUACGCUUGCCCGAAUGAUCAACGUUUUGAGCAAUAAACCAGAAACUGUCCCCAGUUCCUCAAAGAAGAAUUAUUUCUUACAGAGUUUGGACCCGUUGCAUUUCAGCCUGAAAACUCUGCCAAAAUAGAUGAGACUGACUGAA